AUGCCGAGAGAGAGGAACACAAAUUCGCGGCGCCGCCAUUCGCGCCAUCCGGAGGACGAACAACGUCGCCGCCAUCGCCACCAUCACCACCGCCACGAUCGCCCGGCUAAUCCGGACCCAGGUGAGCACCCAAACACCGCGGCUCCCGCCACGACGAUGCCCGCAAUAGAGGAGCUGCACCUGGCAGGCAACGCCACCAGUCCUAGGCACAACUCGCGGCCACCGACGCCGACAGGCACGGUCGCCGCCGACACGGGGCGCACACCGCGUCCGCCAUCAGCCGCGCCCGCUGCCACCGGACCCACCGCACCAGCGACCACCGCCGACAGCGACGCCCCACCGUCGCCCGCGAUCAGCCCCACCUGGUGUGAAGGGCUAACCUACGAGGACGUGGUGGCAUCUAUUUUUGAGGCAGAAGAGGAGCCGGACCCAGCCAUCCCCUCGGUCCCCGUCUCGCCGACCCCCGUGGGCCCGCUGGGCGCAAUUUAUGAGGAGGUCUCCGAUGCUGAGGUGGUGACUCUCAGCUCGGACGACGACGAGCCACGGGGCGCGGCAAUGGACACAGUCGUCCUUCUCGACGAGGAGGAGACCGUGCCGUGGGUACCGCCCCAUCAAGAAACGCCGCCACCCUCAUACGAGGAGCUUUUCGGGCCGGGCCCGUACCCGGAGCCCGAUCCUCCAGCAUCAGCCGGGGUGAGCACCGCUGCCACCAUGGCGGUGCGGGCCACCGGCGCCGCUGCCACAGGCACACCCAGGCCCGCACCCAGUGCCACCGACGCAGUCGCCAAGGAGCAGGCCACGCCCACGUUCAUCGCCGCCGACGACACCGCCGGCGCGGAAACCGUCCGGGCAGGUGCCAGCACCCCCCACGGGGGAUGA